GUAAACAAAAUGGCGUAUUUUUCAUUACAACAAUGAUAAAAGAACUUGAAAACUAAAUAUUUUUUUUUUCGGCUUAAUAUUAAUUUGCGAUGGUACAGCUUUGGAGGGUAGGUUUAGGAGCUUAUUGUCUACAGUAAGACCACAGAAAGAACCGGAUCAGGCGUGGGCGGCAUAAUAUCGCCUAUUACCCUAGAUUCUAGAUCUAGUAAAGUUCUCGCUAUGGGCUGUUGGUGACCAUAUUGUUACGAAUCUCACUAUGCAGGCUCUCUGCAAACUGCACCAUACACCACCAACUUAAAGAACUUGACAACUCAGGGCUCCAAAACAGCAAUUAUGCAGUGCCUAAAAUUAACAAGAAAGUUUCCUUUUCACUUUGUUCAUUGUAGAAUGCUGUCAAAAAAGAUUCCUGAUAUAGAUCUUCAAAUUAUAGAACAGUUGGAAAGACUUUCCUUGGUUGAAUUCAAUAAUGAACAAGGAUACAUCUCAUUACAGAAGUCUGUUCAGUCAGCUGACUUGUUACAGGCAGUAGAUACCACCAAUGUAGAGCCACUUGCUUCAGUCCUUGAAGAUAGGGCUUUGUGGUUACGAGAAGACAAAGUAACAGAAGGCAAUCAGCUGAAAGAAAUCUUAAGUAAUGCAACAAAAGUGGAAGAAAAUUAUUUUGUUGCUCCUCCAGGGAACAUUCCAAUGAAGAAAAGAGACAAAGAUUUUUUGAAGUCUGUGUUAGAAAACAAACAUUCAAAAUAACAUUAAGAAGAAGUCCUAACAAGGUGUACUCUCAUAGUACUUCAGCUCUUGAUCACGAAGUGUUUUGUAUAGACCAAAGUUUGUAUUGAGAUCAACAGUCUUUCAUUGCUAAACUCAUCUCACUAUUGACAGUAAUGUCUUAAGUCAAGAUAUCAAGAAUACAAUGUGCUGUUCAUCUUUAUGCUUAGAUCAUAGUAGAUGUCACUUGUAGACUGGAAUAGGGAUGCAAGAAAAGGUUCAUUUUCUUAGAACUGGGUGCUCUUAGAUUGUAGUACAUUAUCUUAUCUUAUAUACUACAGACGUUAAUUCAAAAAAGAAGAGAUAAAGUUGUUAACAGGAUUUCUUAUUUUAAAGAACGGUGGAAAAAAAAAUUGAUGAUGUCCUAGUGAUUUGUUGCAUAAUAAAUUGCAAAAAAAAAAGUUGUAAUUGUGAUCAGGACACUUUAUCUGGUUAUAUAUGUUCAAAACAUUUUGAUCACUGGCAUUACUAGCCUUGACUUAGUUUUAUAAACUAUUGAAAAUGUUUCAACUUUUUUAUUCUUUAUAUAAAGAUGUGGUUAUUUAUUGACAUAUAAAAAAUUUACAAAUCAACUCUUUUUUCAGCCAGUAGGAUCAAGUGUAUUCCAUUAAUUGACGAUGAUAAUCAGAUAAACCAUGUGUCCAAAAGGUCUACCAGAAACCUUAAGAAUGGUGGAAUGUCAUCAUGCUAUUUACAUUUAGUCUGUUAAAACAUGGCCUAAUUAUGUUGCCAGCAUAUUACCGACUUUAUUUCCCUUAGUCUGGAGCCUUAUAUAGGGCUGUAUCUUUUCACAGAAAUUGUUAAUGUCUGCAUUUCAUAGUAAAAUUCCUGUGUAUAAACUUAAAUGCUAACCUAAAACAUUUGUAGAUGUGCGGUGGUUGAGUGGUAAAGCGAUUGGCUUCAGAACUGAGGGUCCCGUGUUUAAAUCCUGUUGAAAACUGAGAUUUUUAAUUUCCGGAUCUCAAGUCCAUACAUGUCUAAUAGGUACCUGACAAUAGUUAGUCGUUGUGCUGGCCAUAUGACACCCUUGAUAACCGUGGACCACAGAAACAGAUGUCCUUUACAUCAUCUGCCCCAUAGAUUGCAAGGUCUGAGAGGGGAACUUAACUUAAAACAUGUGUAUCUGAUCAGUUCAUAGGCAUGCCCAAAACUUGUGCAUUAAGAUUGCUAGAAUAUCAAAGAUCACUAAAUAACUGACUAAUUUGCAUCUGGUCCAGGAUGACAUGUUGAUUUCUAGCAUCAUGUGGUUGAUUUCUAGCAUCAUGAGAGUUCCCAAUCACUUGUAUAGUAUUCAGCUAAUUAAAAUUAGUUGAAUUUAUUGAGAAUUACGUUUGACCAUUUUUUAAACAUUUGUUUUGACUGAUGUGUAAGCUAGUAUCAUGUCUGACUUUCUUAGGGCUAAGAUAAUGUCUUAAUUGUGGAUUAAUUGCUUGUUGUGGAUACAGAUGUUACUCUGAGUUUUGUGAAUAAAAAAUGUGAAUAUUUUUU